AUACAACGGACAGGAAUGCAUUCCCCGAGUGUUGAAGUACACGGGACUGGAGGGUUCAACUCAUUUAGUAUGGAGCCAAUGAUGAUGGGAUCACCAGGAAGUCCGACCAGUCCCACAGGGGGCCAUCAGUCUCAAUUCUUACCUAGCUUUCUCCUAGGGGACCAGACACCUCAUUCUGUAUCGCCUGGACCUAGAAUUUGGUCAGCUGCUAGUCCCAGUCCACCAAAGUCAGCAUCCAGAGCUGGUCUCAUGGCCAACAGUUUCAACACCUCAGGAAUGAGUCGAGGAGAGGUACUUAGACCAAAAGAGAAAGUAGGUGCCCCACCCACUAAAAGCUUAAUGGGUCAUGCAAGCCCAGUAGGAACCACACCAACAGCUUUUGGAACACCCAAUGUUCAUCAGGUGUCUAGAUCAAUGCACACUCCUGGAUCUAUGACUAGUACACCAGCACCACCUACAACAGGAUUGUCACAGACUUUGUCGGAGAGUUUGGUCCAGGAACAGAUGGCAGGUGGAAGUAGAAUUCCUAUCUCACCCGCACAGCUGGACCCGUUCUACACACAAGGGGAAUCAUUAACAUCAGAUGACAUUUUAGAUGAGACGUGGGUGACAGUGUUCGGGUUUCCACCAGCUGCAGCUUCCUACAUCCUUCAACAGUUCUCCCAAUAUGGCAACAUUUUAAAACAUGUGGUGGCAUCAGAGGGUAAUUGGAUGCACCUACAUUACCAGUCCAAACUACAGGCCAAGAAGGCACUGAGUAAGAAUGGAAAGGUGUUUGGAGGAUGUAUGAUGGUGGGUGCUACACCAUGUAUAGAAAAGAGUGUCAUGGAAGAAGAGAAGGAGAAUACAAGUCUGAUCCAUCCUGUCCUCGGUACUCCAGGAGGCAACACUACGUUCCACACCCCUGGAGGUAACAGCCGCAAUACCCCCAUCAGGCCCCUCACUGCUGCUUACAGAACAGCUCGCAGUGAAAAUGAGGUGGUGAUGAAUGGUCAAGCUCCACAGAAGAACAAUACAUUUGUUUCCAAAGCGAUGGAAUAUAUGUUUGGAUGGUGACCCAUGCUGUGAUUUUAGAGAUUGAUUUACAGAAGUUUUACAGACUUAUUACUAAUCUAUAUGUGAGAACGGUGAUAUUUUGACAAUGAUUGUCUGGUCUGUUGAAAAGAAAGCCACAGUGAGAUGAUGCUGGAUCAGUGACUUGAUACCGACUAAACUUAGAUUCCAAGGCUUAAUUAAGUUGUCUUUAAAAGUCCCAGUAACUAGGUUGUUACAGUGAGAUGACUAGUCACUUCAUGUUGUUUUUGUUCUGCAUAAAGGUAGAGCUGGCAACUUAAACUCAAGCCCAGUAGCUCUGUUCACAAACAGAGCUGAGAAUCUCAGACCCAGUAGCUCUGUUCACAAACAGAGCUGAGAAUCUCAGACCCAGUAGCUCUGUUCUCAUACAGUACUGAGAACUUCAAACCCAGUAGCUCUGUUCACAAACAGAGCUGAGAACCUCAAGCCCAGUUGCUCUGUUCACAAACAGAACUGAGAACCUCAAGCCCAGUAGCUCUGUUCUCAUACAGAACUGAGAACCUCAAGCCCAGUAGCUCUGUUCUCAUACAGAACUGAGAACCUCAAGCCCAGUAGCUCUGUUCUCAUACAGUACUAAGAACUUCAAGCCCAGUAGCUCUGUUCACAAACUGUUGACAAAGUUCAGGCACAAUAACAUUUCUCACAAGGAGAACUGAGAAGCAUCUGUGUACAGAGAAGUUCUUUGCCCAAGUAAUUCUAUACAUGGACAAGCUCAGAAUAAUUUUUUGCCAGAAUUUCACGAAAUUGAUCAAGCUGGAAUUCAGAUGUGGUUGGCAUUGGGAUGAGCAUGACGUUUAAGGUACACUGAGCAGGCUUGAUGAUCCUCGGCAGUUUGGUGAGGAUAUAGGGAUGAAAUACCAGUCAGCUCCUUACCUUUUGGAAUGUAUAUCCUAACACCACACACUUACACAGAACACAAUAAAGAUAGUUUCUAUUUAAGGGUUAUAGGGUCAAGGUCAGUGUUACUGUUUCUAGAAAAUAUUUGUCAGCACUUGUACAGCAUCAUUCUAUGGGGAUUUGGACCGAACUGUGUAUUUGUUUAAAGAACUUCAAUAUCCUGGAUGUGGUUGUAUUUCAGGGUUAUUUGCCAUUAUUACUAGUAAUCUUAGAAAAUCCUUGUCAGACAUUUGUAUUGUUUGCAAUAGCUAAAAUUAAUUACUUUUAAGACUUUUUGGCAAGGUCUAAAACACUGUAGUUAUGGUUACUAAGCCAGGAAAAGAUCACUAGAAAUUUCACCGAGACCUUGUACUUGGUAAUAGUGAUAUAUUUACCAGGGUAUCAGGAAACAUGUGGAAAGUUGGAGAGGAAGAAAUGUGUAGAUGUUAUGUUGAGAUGUCUGUUUUUACAUCAUUCAUAUUUAUAAAAUGCUGUGUGUUGAUAAGUAAGAUUAAAUGUAUCUAUGUUUCUGUGAUAGUGUGUUUGGAAGAUUUAUAUACUGGGAUUAUGUGUUAAAUCAUGCCUGAGAUACAUCUAACAUUUUUAAGAAGAUUGAAAAGCUUAUAUUAAAUAUCUAUGGAAGUUUUAGGUCAGAUCCUGGUUGUACCUGAUUUAGUGAACUUGUGUUUCUACUUUACAGACAUAAUUGAUUGUAGUUCAUUGUUAUCCAUGUCUGCUGUUGAAAACUAAUGAAUAAUUAUUGUACAAGAAUGUUUUUAUUUAUAAAAUGCCAACACAAAGUAUUCUAGAUUUAAGGAAGAUUGAUUUCAAACUAAUUUUUUUACGCAAUAGAAAUUUGAGCCAUGUAAAAUUGAACAAAAUGAUAACUAUCAUAUGAAUAUAUACACAACUGUACGUCUAAAACUACUUAAUUAGUUAAAUGUGUUUUGUAGCAAAUGAGGAUUUUCCAUGUGUUUGGCAAAAAUUUGCAAUAGAACCAUAUUAUAAAGUAAUUAACAAGGUCAAGGUUAAGCUGUGUGUAACAUAUGUACUAUCUGGAUUUCCAAGUUUUAUAAGAUAAUCAACAUUUACUAGUAAAAGGAGAUCCUUGACCUUUUCUAGUUCAGGAUUAGGUUCUCUUUUCAGAAUCCUAGAUAAUACUAGACAUGAUAGUAAGGAACUAUAUAUAAAGUCUGUCUGCAGGAACUAUGAUUGGCUAAUUGAUAUCUAGGUCACAUGCAUAAUUAUUUCAUUGCAUGUUUAUAAUUUCGCUCUAAAAAUCACCUGAGAUGAAUAUACCUGUUUCAACGUUGCUGGUUCAUCAACUAUAUGUUACAUUUGUUCAACUUUAAUAGUCAUUCGAUAAGAAAUUAGACGAAGCAUAAUAUUCAAGUUUGUGCUUGUAACAUUUAAAACGAAUUCAUUAACACAAUCUUAUUGAACAAUGAGGACAACUGGUAUAUAUAAUGUCAUUAUACUGUACUGUCUAUACCUCAUAGACCUAUACUUUGAAAUUAUUUUACAUGAUUUGUUAAAAAAAGGUAUUGUGUAUAAAUUGUAUUUGUAUAU